AUGCUCUCAAACCGCUGCGACAUUUUCGGCUGUGGCUCGUUCGACUCCUCGCGCGAGUGCCAGUGCGACCCCUCGUGCGGACUCUUCGAAAACUGCUGCGCGGACUACGAGACUGAGUGCGUCGGCGCCACGGCGCCCGUGACUGCAGCCCCGAUGGCGGCAACAGCUGCCAAAGCCGCGUCCACGACGACUACGCCCGCAGCGCCGACGACAGUCACUGCCUCUACGCCCGCGACCACGGUCACGACCACCACGGUCGCGGCCACGACCACCACGGUCACGACCACGACCACCACCACGCACGACACCACGGUCACGACCACGACCACCACGCCCGAGACCACGGUCACGACCACGACCACCACGCCCGAGACCACGGUCACGACCACGGCCGUCACGACUGCCACUGCCACGGCCCCGACCACGACCGCGACGGCCACGACUACCACGGUCACGACCCCUGUGGCCACGACAGCUGCCCCUACCAUGCCGACGGUGGCAAGCACAACAUCCGACAUGGGGGGCUCGACGGCGACGGUCCCUUACGGGGAGUCCACGUCGGUUGCCCCCACAGCGCCCACCACAGCAGGCCCGAACGUCGAACAGACAGUCACUGCUCCGGCGCCAGCUACUUCAGAGUUGCCGCCCAUGACGCCCGCGCCGACCAGAGCGACAACCACGCCACCGCCCGGGGAAUCGGGAAGCGGCGCGGCGGGGGCCGCAGGCGCCUCGAAGGCGCGGCAGAGCAAUUGCCGCACCUACGGCUGUGGCCGCUUCUGGGCGGAGCACGCCUGCCAGUGCAACGCGAAGUGCAUCCGGUUCAACAACUGCUGUGUGGACUACUCCGAGACGUGCACGGAGGCGGGACGGCCUGGCGCGGGUGGCGCUGCCCCAGGCGGCCCCGCGGCCCGCGCGGUGGGCGCGCCGCCGCCGCCCAAGCCGAAGGCGGCGAACGCGCCGGCGCGCUCGUGCAAGACCAAGACGGGCGUGGAGUUCUCGGACGCCGGCGGCGAGGAGAUAGGAACCGUGGAGAGCGGCGACGAGUGCGCCAGCGUCUGCGCCUCCCUGCCGGAGUGUACGCACUUUGCCGUGAACGCGUCGGAGGAGUACUACAAGAUCUGCGUGGUGAAGACCGGCAAGCCAGGGCGCAGGCGCAAGCGUGCCGGCGCCGCCAGCGGCACGUGCGGUCCUGCGCCGGCGGACGAGGCGACAGCUCGGGCGACGGGCACCGACGAGGCAGAGGAGCAGCGGCAUGCCACACAGUCAGCUCCGCCAGUGCCUCCCGAGCCGCUACCACAGGUGAGCAUCGACAUAUUCCGGGCAAUGAAGGCAGCCGCCGCGGACGAGCAGCAGACUCUCGACGACGACAUGGCGGACCUCCAAGGCGAUUUGAAGUACGUGCACACUGAGCUGCUGACGGAGCACCUGCUGGAUCCGAUUCGGCAGAGCCGCAAGUACGACAUCGACUGCAUCAGGCGGCAGCGCUACGUGUUCCGCAACCCAGCGGCGUUGGCGACUGCGGUCGAGUCACCGUUGCCAGAUUUCGGGCCUUUCAUCACUUACGACUUCGGGGUCGCGACCAACACCCAGCAGCUGCCAGUGCUGGAGAAGUACGGCGACUUCAUCGGAAUCCAGGAGGGCUGCUCGGGCGGGAACUGCGACGUGCGCUUCCCGGCCGAGUCCCCGUACUUCUGGUUCUCCGUCGGCAAUUUCUGCCCGAACUUGCCGUGGGGUCACAAGGGGGACAUCGACAGCCCCAACGAGAAGUGCCUGAAGUACGAGGACGGCGGGGGCUUCCUGACGGGAGGCCUCUGCCAGGACGGCUGGAGCAGCGACGAGGCCCAGCCCAGCGUGGAACCGACAGGUGAGAGGGGCUGCAUAUACGCGUACGGCGCCUCCCAGAUGGUCAGCCUGGACGAGCUCGCCGGCAUCACCACCGAGCGGUGCGGCGGCGGACAGCCGUGCGAGAGUUGGGCCGACUUCCGCCAGAGCUGCGCCGAUGCCAGCUACAAGAGGCAGUUUGGCGCCUCGGGGGAGGUCAGGGACGUCGACUACUGCGUCGAGUACGACAUCCACCCGCACUGCGAGGCCAGCUGCGAGACCGACAGGUGCCUGGAGCUCCUCGCGUCGGGCAGGACGGUGGAGCUCGGGCUGCCCUUCUGGCGGGGGCGCUGCGACCCGCGCGCCAACCUGCGCCGAGCCGAGCGGCUGGCCGACCUCUUCGGCAUCGCGGGGGCGCAGACGGAGCACCGCCUGCUGCACCAGGACGUCCUGGGCCUGCAGAUCCCCUGCGUCAGGGAGGGCAGCGGCAGGUGCAGACCUGGACGCAGGUGGGCCCUACUGCACACGCUCCUUCUCCGGGGUGUGCCAGACGUGCUUCAUCCCAGGUGCUGCGAACAGCGUGGGACCUCCCACGAAGCCGUUCUGCCCGUUCGCCAUCUUUGA